AUGCGAGAAGGUGAAGGAGGAAAGGGAAGAAAAUUUAAAAAUCGUGAAGAAGAAGAGGAAAAAGAAGAGAAGCGUUCGCAAGGACUUGUGUCUAAUGAAGCUGAGCCUUUAGCCUUAGAACCUUCAAGCCAAUCGGUUCCAUCCUUGGAAGAAAGCGAUAGAAAGGAGCAAGUUCCUUCAGAAAGAAAAAAUCCUCAGCCUCUUCCUGAACAUGAAGAGGAAAAAAUUCCCAGUCUUUUUACUGAUCAACAUAUUAAACAAGAACAACAACAAAUUCCUCUUGAAUCAAGCAAUUUAGGAGAAGAGCAAAAACAUGAGGAGCAACAAGGAGAAAAUACAGCAGAUGGGGCUAAUCAUCCAGUCAUCUCGAAUAAUGAACGUCAACAAUUGCCAAUUAUUUCUCAAGAAGAGAAGGUCAAAGAAGAAGAACAACAGCUAAAAGCUUUACCAGAAGUAGAAAUUGAAGAUUCAAGAGCGCCAUUGAACAACAAAAUAAAUGAUAGCAUGGGUGAUACUCAAUCUGAACUUCCAAUUGAUUCUGUUAAUGAAUUUUCUUCUCAAUCUUCUACAUUAUCUCCUGAAACUCAAGAAGAGCUACAAACAACAUCUGAAAUUACCACAGAAAUUCCUCUUCGUCUUUCUCCUCAAACUUCAAUUAAUUCUCGUCCAAAACAACAACAACUUCAACGCCCACUUCCACCUGUUCAACAUAUGAUUAUUCCUCAUAUUCAAAAUAAAAAUGAAAUAUGUUCAUUACCUCCAGUUGCAGGACCGUGUACUUCUUUUGUUUUGAGAUGGUUCUUUAAUCCAGAGAAUGGUAUUUGUGAACAAUUUUCUUAUGGUUCUUGCCGAGGAAAUUUGAACAACUUCCCAGAUAAAUCACAAUGUGAAGCCGUUUGUUUGGAUAUUCCACAAAAAGUCCGCCUCAACGAUCGAUGCAUUUUGGAUCGUGAUGAAGGAACUGGUACAGGGUAUAAUGUCCAUUGGUAUUUUAAUGUUCGGAAUUUGAGAUGUGAACAAUUUAUUUGGCAAGGAAAUGAUGGAAAUGCUAAUCGUUUUGAUACAGAAUCAGAAUGUAGAUCUAUUUGUGAACAACAAACUAAUGAGAAGAAGAGGCUUAAAGAACCGGAUGAUUUGUCUCAAUUAAAUAUUCCGCCACCUGCAGGGAGAAUGAGAGGAGGAGUGGAUAAUAAUUUUAAUCAAUUUGGAGCAAAAACAGCAAAUACUCAAAAUGAAAUUGGUGAUGUUGGAAUACCUGCACCCUUCCAUGCAAUAAGUGAUGGAGUUGUUGAAAAAUCAACAGAUGUUGAACCAACAACUGAUUCUUUAAAUUUAAUGGCCGAAACAAAUGAACCUGAAUCAAACUUUGAACAUUCCACUACAAGUUCUCAAGCAACUAGACGUGGAAAUGCAAAUAAUCAUGAUGGAUAUUCGGCUGUUUUAUUGCCUAAAGAACCGCAAAAGGUUCCAGAUUUACCACUUAUUGGACCAUCUAUGCCAGCAGUAAUUGAUUAUCCUAAUGGGAUAAGACUUGACAAUAAUAAUAAUCCUGCUCCUCAACCUCUUAAUGUUGUUAAUGGUUUGCCUCAACAUAUACCUGAGCAAAACAGUGCAAAUAAGAACAUGUUACCUACACAAUUUAAUGAUGAUAAAAACGACAAAGAUUCUCCACUCUUCUCUUUUUCAAAAUCUGUUGGUGGAACAAUAGCUAAUGGUGUCCCUAUUUGCCCGAAUGGACUAAACACAAUGCUUUAUAGUGAUGGUCGCCCAGUUCUUUGCCUUCCUGGGAUGGGACAAUGUCCAGAAAAAUCAGUUUGCUAUUUUAAUGGUAUUGACUACUUCUGCUGCCCUAAUGAAGAUGAUCCAUAUGAUCAACACAUAUUUGGUGGAUAUGAUGGGGAAGAAUUGAAGCAUGGAUAUAAAGCAGGAGGCAACAAUCAACAGCAACAAUCAUCUCUUCGUGUUCGCCGUCAAAAUGAUAAAGAAAAUGGACCGUCUUCAUCUUUAGUGUUGACUGAAUCGCUUAGAUUUGAUGAUAAAUCCCCACCAGGCCCAAUUCAAAGACAAUCACGUUUUCAUGGUGGAAAUGGGAAAGGAUCAACAGCAACAACAAAUCCAUCAAUUUGUUCUCAACCUUUAAAUAAAGGAAAUUGUGGAGAGGCUUUACAACGUUAUUUUUAUGAUUCUGAAAGUGAUCGUUGCAGAACUUUUUAUUUUACUGGAUGUGGAGGAAAUGAAAAUAAAUUUGAUACAUUAAUUGACUGUGAAAGGAUUUGUAAGAAAGGAGGACCGGAAUCUUCAAAAGAACAACAAAAUUCAUUUUCUCAAAAGCGUCCAGGAGUUUGUCCAGGUGGAAAUUUGCCGUUAGGAGGUCGUAAUCCUGUGCUAUGUGGUGAACAUUUUGAUUCUAUUGGAUGUCCAACAGGUUAUUUGUGUGUUCCUGGUGAGGUUUUAUUAAAUUUAUAA